AUGAAACUUGUACAACAAAGGCUUCUGCUUCUUCUGCAUAGGCUAUGUCAGAUAUUACACGGUAAAAAGCAAGAAAGUGAGUAUUCCUUUAGAGAAUGUAUUGAUCUUUUGGCUCAAUUGUAUGAAAACUUUACCAAGGAGAACCUUGAUCAUGUAUCCGACAGUUUUAUACAAGUCGUAAAGAAAUGUCCUAAAAUCAACAAACAUAAUGAACAAUAUAUCAAUGUAAAAUUGGAUGAGUACCAUCUUGAAUUGGGGCUGCUCGAUCAAUUGAUAAGAAGAAAAAAGAAACGUAGUAAAUUAAUCAACAAAAGCCAAGGGUUUUUCAAGAAAAUUACCAAUGACAUUUUAAACCUAAGUAAUAUGGGACACAUGAUACAAAGUAGGGAUCAGAAUGAAGAAAACAAGGUACAAUCUGCUCAAAAUCUACAACAAGGCGAAAUGAACAGAAUACAAUCUAUACAUAAUAAGAAUCAAAUUAUUGACAAUACGAGACAAAGGAUUGAGAAUCAAAAUAGAAUUAGAAGUUUAAAAGAACAGAUCAAGACUUACGAUAGUCAAAUUCACGAUGGGAAAAGAUUAGUUGGAGAAAUGAUUAAAAUACUACUCGAAUUGUAUUUAUCUAUUGAUGAGGAUGAAUACGAGGCCAAUUUUCACCAUACUAUUCCUAUAGAGAAGUUCCGAGAUUUAGCAAAUAUAUAUGUGUCACACUAG